GCGUCUGGCAGUACAUCCAGGAGGUGCGAGAUUCUGUCUGUGACCUGGAGCACCAGCUCCAGAGAAGCAAAGACAACGUGGAGGAGAUCCAGAAGAUCCUGAGAUCCUGGGUGGUUCCUCUGUAUGGCAGGAAGGAGAAUAAAAAGGACUCCCUGCUGAGUCUGGAGGACAGGACCGACAGACUGAACCGGUUUUACUCCCUGAUCCGAACCUCAGGAGAGAAGAUCCACUUUCUGCUGAAGAAUAAUCUGGACCUGUUUGGAGCUGAUCCGUCCUCAACAGAGUGGAAGGCCUACGUGGACUACAUUGAUGACAUGGUCCUAGAUGGGUUCUUCAUGAGCAUUGAUUGUUCUCUCAGGUUCUUCUUGGAGAACACAGGUAGGAUCUGCUGGUCUUCUCCCAGGAUUAUUUCAUUU